AUGAUGAUAUUCUUAGAAACACUUCCGGAAGGAAUUCAAUGGUAUGGAAUCAACGCUCAACAAAUUCGUCUAUUAGCAAAUUUAGGUGACAAAGCAAAUAAAACUAUUGCAGAUGCAACAAAUCGUUUUAAUCAUCGGUUAUUGUUCACAUUGAAUGCGUUAAGUGAGGAGAAUUUCGAUAUUCUUCUGAAUACAACGAUUCAACAACUUAUUCAAUCAUUGAUUUUCAAUUUUAAUCUUUUUAUAAAUAUCUCCUUACUUUUUACUCAAAUCGAUCAACCUUUUACAAAACCAUCUGAUGAUUAUUUUACAAUUGAUCAACAAUUAUCAAAAUUAACGAUUGUAAUGAAUAGUUUAACAACGGAUGAUAACAAUCAAACACGUGAAUGUAUAUGCGCAACAAAUCCUUCGUGCACAAACGAAUUUUCAAUAAAUGGUUGGAAAUGGUACAAAUAUUCAGGUUACAAAGAUCAACAAAGUAGUUUAGGUACAAUUCGUGGAAUGAAAGAAGGAUGUUUUACUAUAAAUUCUCUUUUACUUUCAUCAUUUGAUUGUUUCUAUUCAAAUUCAUGUCUUUCAGCUGUUUAUUCAUAUGUAAAUUCAUCGUAUAUUUCAAAAGAUACAGGUAUCCCUUGGAUUUCUCUCUCAUCUCUUGUUUACAAUUCUAAAAUGAGUCAUUUUCCUCCGAAUACAACAUUUUCGAAAAUCAUUCAACAAAUGUUUGUUGAACAAUGGAAUCCAAUUUCUUCAUUUGAUCGUUAUUAUAAUUCGUGUUUACCGAGUUAUUGUACUUAUUCUCAAAUGGCUCGAACAAAAAAUUCGAUUCAAGUUCUAAUCGCAGUAGUUUCAUCAAUUGCUGGUCUUACUGUUGCUUCGCGACUGAUAACAUUGAUUACGAUAAAAAUUAUCUCGAAAAUUUUUCGACCAAAAGCUCAGAGAUCAAUUCCAACGCGUCUGAAACCAUGGAUUCAAAUGAAAAAUAUUGUGAAAAAUGCGAUUGAAACGAUCUAUAACGGAAUUAUCAAUUUAAAUAUAUUUCCGGAGGAAAAAUUCGGAAAGAAACUCAAUCAAAAUCAAAACUAUUGGAUUGGUCAAAUAGCCACUCGACUUUAUCUCGUUAUUUUAAUAAUUGCUCUUAUUAUUCUGAUCAUUUACACAAUAAUUCAACCUCAAGUUUUAACAAAAACCAUCGAGAAACCUUCGAUGAAAGUUUUCACAACACUCUUCAUCAAAUAUAAUAAUACACUUCAAUGUCCUUGUUCAUCGAUUUCAUCAAUGUACAAACGAUACGUCACAAUUCAACCGACAUUUCAUCAAAUUUGUUCAAGUAAAUUCUCUUCUAAUGAUUGGCGAAUUAAAAUGACAUCAAAUCUUUCUUCUGAUGUUUCGAUAUACGAUAAACGAGAUUAUCGUCGUUAUUUCUCUUCACAUUUGCAAUUUCUACAUGGUCUAUGUGAUCUAUCGAUUGAAACUGUUCAUGAUUCGAUCGAACAAUUUCUUUCUUCACUUUAUAUCACAACUCAACUUCAGCCUUCAAACACAUUUCAAACACAUAUCGAUUCCUUUGUUAAACAAAGUCAAUCUUCGGCUUCGAUCAUUGUCGAAAAUUUCAUUAAUUUACUUCGAUAUGUCAAUCAUGGAAACGCAAUUAUAUCGACAUACGAAUCCAAUUAUCAUUAUUCUCUACCGAAAUGGUACAAUUCAUCACUUUACUUAGGAUUCAUGGCAUUGAGUUCUUUAGCAUGGAGUGAAGCGAUGGUUUAUGAUGAUGAAUGUUCAUGUGGAUUAGUUUUGAAUUGUACAAGUCAAGCGAAGUUUUUUCAAGAAAAUUCUUCAGAGAAUAUUGGGAUAAAAGGCUUGAAAAUCGGCUGUUUACCAACGGAAGCAUUUCUUAGUUCAACUCUCGAAUGCUUUUAUGAUCAAUUAUGUAUUGAAUCGAUUCAAAAACAAGUCAAUUAUGUCAAUGAAACAUUCAUUUCUCUGACAAAUUCAACUCGAUUUCUUCAUAAUACAUUAAUAAUCGAUCUUGUCAAUGAAUUAUUCAUUGAAACCUGGUCAACAACUGUUAAUUAUUCGAUAUAUUUCGAUUAUUGUUCUCCAUUGUAUUGUUCAUAUACGUAUAUUCAACAAUUAAAUUCAUUUUAUACAAUAACUCUUCUUCUUGGUCUUCAUCGUGGUGNCAUUUCUCUGACAAAUUCAACUCGAUUUCUUCAUAAUACAUUAAUAAUCGAUCUUGUCAAUGAAUUAUUCAUUGAAACCUGGUCAACAACUGUUAAUUAUUCGAUAUAUUUCGAUUAUUGUUCUCCAUUGUAUUGUUCAUAUACGUAUAUUCAACAAUUAAAUUCAUUUUAUACAAUAACUCUUCUUCUUGGUCUUCAUCGUGGUAUCAGUCUCAUUCUCAAAUGGAUUUGCCCGAAACUUCUUUAUUUUCUCGUCAAAAUCUACUUUUCGAGAAAGAAACGAUCAAAUUUUGUUCAUUCACUUCGUAGAAAUGACAUUUCAACAACUGACUUCUCUCGUUCAACAUUUAAAUCAUCAAAAAUCAUUCGAAUUCCAAGUUCUUCUGAUGUUGCAUCAAUCUCUCCAACAACUGAGCAAAAAACUUUUUCUUUUAACUUAUUACGAUUUCUCUGCAUUAUUUUAAUGAUAAUCGUCUUCAUCUCAAUCGCUGUUAUUCCUCCGAUUUUAUAUCUUCAACAUCAACAAGACAAUCCUCUUAUAAAAGCAACAACACAAACAGAUGAACAGAUCUCACAAUCGGAUUCGAAUCAAACAAAUACUUAUUCAGAUACAACAAUCACAAUUUCAUCAGUUUCACCAUGUGAUGUCUCAUUCGACUUGAAAUAUUCGUAUGAAACUGGAAAUUCUGCAUGGCCAAAGUCUUUAGUAAGUAAUGAUUUCAAUCAUGAUGGUUAUGAAGAUGUCGCUGUUGUGAAUUAUUAUUCGAAUAAUCUUGGAAUCUUUUUCGGAAAUGGAAAUGGAAGUUUAACGCGUCCAAGUUUUUAUUCGACAGGAUUAACAAGUGGACCGAAUCUAAUCGCUUGUGCGGAUUUAAAUAACGACAAUCAAAAUGAUUUAAUUGUGAAUAAUAAUUAUAAUUACAGUGUUGGAAUCUUUUUUGGAAAUCGAGAUGGAACAUUUCAAGAACAAAAACAAUUCUUAAUCGAACAAAUCGAUUUAUUUGCUUUGGGAGAUUUCAAUAAUGAUACACAUGUUGAUUUCGCGAUGAUUAAUAAAACACAAGUGAGUGUUUUACUUGGAAAUGGUGAUGGGACUUUUCAAAAAGAAAUUUCUUCAUUAUUUCGAAUAAAUUGUUCUGUUUCAUCAGCAACAACAAAUGACUUUAAUCAUGAUCAUCAAUUAGAUUUAGUUCUGCUUUGUUUAGAAGAAAAUAUUCUUUUAAUUCUGUUCGGAUCGAACAAUGGAUCAUUCUAUUCGAAAUCAGUUCUUUCGAACGAACGAAAUAGUCGAGGAUUUGCAAUUCUUGCAAAAGAUUUCAAUGCAGAUGAUUUGCCUGACAUUGCUGUAGUGAAUAGUCUGACUUAUGAUAUUGGAAUAUUUAUUUCAAAAUCCAAUGGAACAUUUGAAGAAGUAGUUGUCUAUUCAACAGGAGAUUCAAGUCGACCAACUGCACUUGUAAUCAAUGAUUUUAAUAAUGAUGAUUAUUUUGAUAUCGCUGUUGCCAAUCGAAAUUCUCAUUCAAUUGGAAUUUUCCUUGGAAUUGGUGAUGGAACAUUUAUGGAACAAAAGGAAGUUUUUCUUAAUGAUGAAACACUUCCUUUUGCCAUUCAUUCAACGGAUUUAAAUAAUGAUGGAAAAAUGGAUUUGAUCAUUGCUGAUAUGAAAAUGGCUUUGGAUUUUAUCCAACAAACAUUUGCAAAUAUUUCACAACAACGAAAUUUUGCAAAUUUUGGUAUGAGUCAAUUCAUGGCACCACCAAGUCGUCAAAAUCAACAUGUUGAAAACGAUUCGGAUAAUCAAAGUGUCGAAUCUGAUGAAGAAUAA